UUUUUUAAAAAAGGAAAAGGAUUGAGAGAAAGAAGAAUGAAUGACGGUAGAGGAGAUUAGAAAAGACCGCCAGGGUAAAGCAGCCCCCGGUCGGCGGGAAGGAGCGGCUCUGGCAUGUGGGGAUCUCCGGCACCAACAGAUAUUUUGAUGGCAUGACAAAUCAGAAAGAAGAGGAUGUACUGUAUGACUAGACACAAGAUCAGUUCUGUUUGUGGAUUACAUUUUCAGUAAGAUGUAUGGAUCUAUUUUUUCCUUGUUCUUAAAUAUAGAUCAUGAGACUUGACUGAGGCAAUAUACAUAUCAUCCAUCCAUCUAUGGCGAACUACAGCCAUGCAGCUGACAACAUUUUACAAAAUCUCUCUCCUUUAACAGCUUUUCUGAAACUGACUUCACUGGGUUUCAUAAUAGGAGUCAGUGUGGUGGGUAACCUUCUGAUCUCCAUUUUGCUAGUCAAAGAUAAGACCUUGCAUAGAGCUCCUUACUACUUCCUGUUGGAUCUUUGCUGCUCAGAUAUCCUCAGAUCUGCAAUUUGUUUCCCUUUUGUUUUCACCUCGGUAAAAAAUGGCUCUACGUGGACGUAUGGGACUCUUACUUGCAAAGUGAUUGCCUUUUUGGGGGUUUUGUCCUGCUUUCACACGGCUUUCAUGUUAUUCUGCAUAAGCGUCACGAGAUACUUAGCUAUUGCCCACCACCGUUUUUAUACGAAAAGACUGACCUUCUGGACUUGUUUGGCUGUUAUCUGUAUGGUGUGGACUCUCUCUGUAGCCAUGGCUUUCCCCCCAGUUUUAGAUGUGGGCACCUACUCAUUCAUUAGGGAGGAAGACCAAUGCACUUUCCAGCAUCGUUCCUUCAGGGCUAAUGAUUCCUUGGGAUUUAUGCUUCUUCUUGCCCUUAUCCUCCUAGCCACACAGCUUGUCUACCUCAAGCUGAUAUUUUUUGUUCACGAUCGCAGGAAAAUGAAGCCAGUCCAGUUUGUUGCAGCAGUGAGCCAGAACUGGACUUUCCAUGGUCCUGGAGCGAGUGGUCAAGCAGCUGCUAAUUGGCUGGCUGGAUUCGGAAGGGGUCCCACACCUCCAACCUUGUUGGGAAUCAGGCAAAACGCGAACACCACGGGCAGGAGGAGGCUACUGGUAUUAGACGAAUUCAAAAUGGAGAAGAGAAUCAGCAGAAUGUUCUACAUCAUGACAUUCCUCUUUCUGACCUUGUGGGGUCCCUAUUUGGUAGCCUGUUACUGGAGAGUUUUUGCAAGAGGGCCUGUAGUACCUGGGGGAUUUCUAACGGCCGCUGUCUGGAUGAGUUUUGCCCAAGCUGGAAUCAAUCCUUUUGUCUGCAUUUUCUCCAACAGGGAGCUGAGGCGCUGUUUCAGCACAACCCUUCUUUACUGCAGAAAAUCCAGGUUACCAAGGGAACCUUACUGUGUUAUAUGAGGGAGCAUCUGUAAAUCUUUAGCCUUGUGAAACACUACCAUUCUCUGCUAAGCAAUUGUGGCCUGUAGCCAUGUCUUGAGGAGAAAAUCAAGAAUGGGAUGUCAGCAGCUGUAAGGAUUUGGGCAACAUUCUGCAGUCUUUGCAAUAGCUCACCUCUAAUCCUGUUUUAAACCUAAACAUGUUCCUGCUGACCACUGCUGAAGGUUUGUAAUUAAGAACAAAAGACUGAACUACUGCCCUGAAUUUCUUUAUGUGGUUGAAAUCUAGAUUAUGAAAGUAGCAGGUGCUAAGUAUCAGUGCUAAAUGCUGUGUAUAUCACUACAUAAAAUAAGAACAUCAAAAAGAUUAGCAUUGGACAUCUUAAUAAAUUAAGUUGAUAUGAGGUUAAUGUGUUGAUAAAACUAAUUUUAGACAUCUGAAGACCUUUAAAACAUUUCAUACAAUUAUUAUUUUGCAAAGACUGAAAACUGGGGACUCAAGUACUGUAACUGAUUAAAGAUGUGCCAUGCAUUAUUGGAUUAUCACACUUACAAAUCUGUUUGCCUUGUGAGUAAGUUUUGGGGAGCAUUCCAAAGCAGUAUUUUUGUUCAGAUUUUGACUUUUAAUUUUUUUUUCUCCAAAUAUGUUACUCUUUCUAAUUACCAUUUUCCUUAACAGUGAAACUACUAACAUUUAACUGUAUUCUGUGUUUUUUGCUGAUUUGGUAUAAAGUUUAAUAGACUCUUAUUUAUAUUUUUUAAAAAGCUAGAUAUCAGUCUGUUAGGCAACGUUAAUGAUAAUAUCCAGUCAUAAUUGAACAGUUACAAUUAUACAGAAUAAACACAUGUUGCCUUAAAGGGUUAUCUAGUAUCUUCCAUUUUGUUUAGCAUUGAAGCAAAUAAGCAAGGAAAAUUGAAUCAAUAAGUCUGGUCAGUCAUUUGGGAGUGCAUGAAAGAUCACUUAGUCCUCUUUUUUCCUUUUUACUCCAAUGGUUCCCAAAAUCAAUCUGCACAUCAUUGGGAUUAUAUCAUUUUUUUUCCUAGGUGUGCCGCCCUUUCUGGUUUGUUCUGAGAAACACAGGCAGUUGAUGUAUGUUUAUAUUUUAAGACAGCUGUCAUGGGGAGACCGCAGCCUUAGUAUGAUAUCUUGCACAACUUGUGAAGCAUUUAUUCUACUGAAGGCACAGUCUUGUUUAUAUUUUCUGCACAUUUUGGUGUAUUGGUUGUUUUAAAUUAUUUAAGUUUUAACUUGUGAAAGCAUAUAAUAUGAUUUCUUAGUAUUUUAGAAAUACAUUAGAGUCUGUGAGUCUUUCCUUCUUUAAGAUACAGAUGUGUGGAUUUCAAUAUAAAGUUGCAUUUGCCAAAAUUUACCUGUGUAGCUUGUUAAUUUUCUUGGAAUAAAAUUUUACAUUUUUCCAGUUAUACAAUUAACCUUUUUUAUUUUGUCUAGUGAGCUAGCAUGAAGUACUGAGAAUGUAGCCAUUAUGAAUUAUUAUCCUUUGCAGUCACUGUAUUCCCAAAAUGUAAAUGCAUGAAUGAUGGGGACCACAGGAUUGAUAAAUUAUAUUAUCUGCAGUAGCACUAUUGUGUAGUUUAUCAUAAUUACCCAUCUAUCUGUUCUAAUAUGUCAGUUAUAUUUAAAGUUACAACACAGUAUUUGACAUCAACGUCACAGUUUAAUUUUGGAAAAUGUGUAUAACUGAAGCACAAAAUCAUGAGUUGAUCAGUCAUAAAGAACACAGAUUUUUCUUAAUUUUGGGGAGAGACAAGACUAGAGGUCAUAAUUCAGUCUUGGUAUAUCUUGUCCUUUGUUGUAGUUUUAUGACCAGCAAGUUAACGUAUACAUAUAUGAGCAGCAGUCAACAAUGGAAAUGCUUAAAUUUGUACAAUAACAUUAUACAACAUAUGCAACAAUUCAGACAGUUGUGUCUAUAUGUGAUCAGACAACUUGAUCAAAGAUUUGGUGAGCAGUCUGUUUGACCUCACUUACACUUUUAUACUGAGGUUGAUUGGUUGAGAGGCAUGGCUUUAUAUACUGUGUUGAAACAGAAAAACUGCUAAAAUAAUGAGUCCUCAUCGGUAUAGGAAUGUUUCAGAACGUAAUUUGAAAUGGGACCAAUAAACUUCUACCAAAAGGACAUUUUUAUUACACUGAAAAAGGUUUUGAAAUUAAGGUACUUAAGCAAUUGUCAAAGAUAGCAGGAGUGAAUAAAAACUGAAUCGUAUGUUGAGAAGAAUUCUGAAAGUCAUCCCACUUAAGUUUAUUAAAAGGUUGAUUGGCAAUAACUUCAGUCUAAUUUCUUUAAAAUAGUAACCUUUACAAGGAACAUUGAUAUUACAUAUUGUAAUAAAGAAGUACAUAUAAAUAAAGUUGUAAAUAGUAUAUAGUUGUAGCAGUAGUCAGUUCUGAGGAUUAGCCAGAAAAUUUUCAACUAUGGAGUUUCAAAAGCUGCAAAUGUGGGGCCUGAGCUAUCUCUUAAUAAAGUCAGUUGGUGUUUUCCCAUUAACUUCAUUUGGAGCAGAAGCAGGCCCUAGCAUUUCUAUAGUACUAUACUUCUGAAAUACUAAGAAGGCUGUAUUUACUAUGCAGUGGGAAAAGAAAAAAAAUUUUAAAUUAUUUCCCUGGAAGUUUUGCAAGCAGCAACUGAUGUAAAUUAAAAUAAUAAACAGUAAACAAAUACGAAAGCAAAUAUUUUGAUAAAUGUUUUUCUUUUGAUAUUAAUAUAAUUCCUUUGGCUAUAUGACAAAUACUGUAUUGCUACCUGAGAAAGGGCAGGUACUUUUUAUUAAGUGGAUUUUUAGAAUUGUGCCAGUAAGAAAUCUUGUGACAUAAGUAUUUCGUUUUAUUUUUCUCCAGUGUUAAAAGGACAAGGGGAUGUUCAGUGAAAUUAAAAGCCAACAUAUAAAGUAAGAUUUUAUGCGAAGUUAUUACUCAGUGAAACAGACUGGUACAGGAUGUC